UCCUCACAACUCGUACUUAGCAGCGAGCAUACAGAGUUCUUCUUGGCUAUGCACUUGCUUCAUUGAGAGUUUCCGAGUUAUGGCCAUUAGGCAGCUUUCUAAUGUGCAGCUACAUAGGAUCUUUGCUGGUUUGUCAUCCCUGGAGUUUGAUGUCCAGUUUAAAGAGUUUGAGUUUGAGGAUCUUGAUAAGUUGAAUGGUUUGGAUCGUGAUGUUUGGGUGUCUGUCCCUGGAAGGGUUGAGUUGGAUGAGAACCGGAUGGCUAUCCUAGAGCGUUUAGGAAAGAAGCUGAAACACCUCUCAGCAUCUUAUUGUGAUGACAUGUCCUUGCAAAGUCUCACCAGUUUGGCAUCCUUGGAUCUAGAGAUCGACCAGAAUUCUACGUUAGAAGGUCUGAUUUGUGCUCUCCAGGCUCCAUCUUGCUCCUGGCGGCACUUAUCCAUCAAAUCUCCACAAAAAGGUACACUCAUUCUAAAUGAGCGCCUCUGUUCGGCUUUGACAUCGGUUCCCUCCCUGGAGAGCUUGGAGCUGACAGUGGACGGGGGUAAUAUCCAUGAAGAGCAUGCUCUACAACUGCUCGUCCAACGGCUCGUCAAUCCUGCGUGCAACAUUUGGAGGCUCAGGCUCUAUCGCCGCACACUUAACUCUCAGAUCUUGUCGCAUUUGGGCCGCACACUUCAAAGCCCAGAUUGUAAGCUGGUUGACCUCGGCUUGGAUGUGUACCAGCAGAAGCUCAUUACCGUCGACAAGAGUGCCAGCGAGUUUAUGACAGGUUUGAGAAGUAAGCAUUGCAAGCUGCACCAUUUGAUGCUUAGAGGGGUGCAGAGCACUGGUUUCAUUGGAGAACUUGGGAAGCUAUGCAAGGACUCGGUGGUUCUCAACUCACUAGAAGUGCAUUCAGGUUAUUCUGGUUUCAUGAACGAGGAAGAGAAGCUGCUAUCUGUCAUGGGUGAGCUUCUAACCUCAAGCCUCCGCAGUCUCGUCUUGGAUAUUGAACACGAGCCAGAAAACAUUCGAGAUACAAGCUUUCCAUGCUGUAAAGGCCAACGGCUCCUGGAGUUGUUACCUAAUUGCAAAAUUCAACGCCUUGAUAUUGGUAAGCUGGAUGGCCUGGCACAGAUUGUUGAGUACCUCAACGAGAAUUUUAAUUGCCCCCUGGAGACAUUUAGAACGAAUUGGGACACCGAUAUUAUGGCUACGUACUGCUCACAGAUCAUGGAGCGCAACAAGUUAUAUCGUAUUGAGGGCCUUGCAGCCCAAAAGCGGGUGGAACCAACCAUGGCCAAGCUUUUCAUCUGUGGAAAUUCUGGAGUCGGGAAGACUACAAUACGGAAAAAUCUUUCCAGACAAAAAGGUAUCCUUCCCAAGUUGCAGCGCCAUCUAUCCACCUACGGGAUUGAUAUGGAAAAGAUUGAAUUUGAUAAGAAGACCCUGCUAAUAUGUGACUUGGCUGGUCAACCGGAAUUCCAUGCUUUCCACCACUAUUUCAUCAGAGGGAGCGACAAGGACCUCUUUCUAAUCGUCUCCAAGGCUCCUGGUAAGGAAGAUAUUCGAACGUGGGAAGACCAACUUCAGUACUGGUUAAGGUUCAUAGUGUCACACAGAACCUUGACCAAGCACAAACCAAAAGUUCUGAUUGUGCUGAACUAUUUUGAGGACAGUAUCCCGCCACAAGACGGUUGGACGAUGUCAGACCUGGCAAAGUCAAGAUGCAAAGAAAUGGUACGGCAGUACUCAAGUGUGAUCGACUUUGGGCAUGCUGAAAACAGCCUCUUCGGUUUGGUGGCCACCAAGGUCAAGAGCGUGAAAGUUUUGAAAGAGCACCUAAAGCUCAAACUGGAUGAGCUGCUAACAAGUAGACCGAAGGUACCUGAGAUCUGUCAAGCUGUCAUUCUAGCCAAAGCAAAGAAAUUUCAACAACAAAAGCUUAUACGCAUGAAGCACUUCAGGAGCAAGUUGGGCAUUCAGGACCAUCGACUAUUCAAAGUCGCAGUGAGCCAUCUGCAUGACAUGGGGGAGGUGAUCUAUUUUGAUCAGGAGGUGGACGAUGAAGACCAGGUUUUUCUCAUUCUCGAUGUUCAGUGGUUUGUUCGAGAUAUUAUCGGAGUUUUCUUACCUCGCCAGAAUAGGAUGAUCGACAACCUGCCAGCGGAGCAGCCUCCUCCCACUUGGAUGCCGAUAAUCCAGGUCGAAGACAUGCUUCCAAAGAAAGGCUGCACACCGGACGAUCUUCCCUAUAUUAUCACCUCGCUGAACAGGCUAGGAGUGUUGCUAUUGGAUCAGAAAACUAAACGAGCCAUUGUCCUGUCACUCCUAACUGAGAGAAUCCAAUCGUGGUCGAAUUUACCAGCCGGUUCGAUGGCUGCGGAUGACGACACCACCACUUUCUGGGGGAGGAGGCUCGAAUGCAAGGAUUCAGAGAAGAUGCUGCUUCCAACAGGUAUAUUUACAAUGCUACAGGUCAGGCUUGCGAGCUUAUCAUCCGCCUACACUGUGGGGCAAGGCUGGUGGCACCUGGGUGAGAACAACAUUGAGAUGAUCGUCAAAGUAGGAGGCCAGAGGGGUCAUUGGAACGACCGGCAUUGGAUCGACGUGCUAGCUUGCAUACCUGAGGAGUCAAAUCUCGACGAGGCAGGAAGGCUCUUCUUCAAAAUUAAGAAAUGCAUCAGUGAGAUAUGUGGUGCGUACAACUGGGGCUGCCCGGCCAUUGAGCUGGAAGAGAAGAUCAUCAAGCCAGAGUGCGUGAAGCUCUUGAACUUGGAGUUCACGAGCUCGCCUCCAGUUCAAGUGGUUCCGCUUGCCGAGGUCCUGGAGAAGAACUUGCUCUACAAGUAUGCAUGGCCUUCGGAAGAUCAUUGGAAGUUCGAAUAUAGUCAGGUGCUGAAGAUGGUGUUGCCGGAAGAGCGGGAGCGAUACUUUGCAACUCGUCUAGACCUCCUGGACGCCAUCAAAGACGAGGUGCAGGAGUGUGUAGAAGCUGAAGAUUUGGAGACAGCGAGUGCUUGCAUUGAUAAGUCGGAGGACAUCACACUUCAGGAUGCAGUCAAAAUUCUGCAGGCGCAGAUCAAAAUUCUGGAGAGGCACAUCAAGAAUCACGUCACCAAAGAGGCCGACCGGGUCAUUUCUCGAAUCUCCAAGCUGGAGGAGAAGGUGUUGCAGAAACUGGCAUCAGUCCAGCUGCAGAGUGAUAAGAUCAUGUCCAAGCUGGCGUUGCAGUGGGACUCAAAGGAACCCAAGUAUCCAUACUUCGUCGACAACAAGAAUAUCUUGCAGCGGUUUUCAUCCUCGGCUUUUGGUUCCAGUUGGAAGCUGCAUUUCCUGUGCGAGUACGGUGGCUGCCAUCCGGUGGAAGAUCAAAAGGGAUUUCCCAUCAGAGUCGAUCCCGAGUGGUGGACAAAGGCUGCUCCCGUGCUGAUUCCUGCCCUCAAGAUCUUAUUCUUCGCGGGAAAACUUGCAUUGGUGUCUACACUUGGGGUAUCUUUGCCAUCGCUGCCCAAGAGCGUUAAAGACGACGUAUUCAAGGAGGUCGUGGGUAAGCUAUUUGGAGCCAUAGACAAACGUCUGGAUGAGUCUCCGACGCAUGAGAACCCACUACACAAAAGAAUCCCCACGCUCGAGGAGCUGCAAGUGUUUUACAAGUACUUUCUCGGAGAGCAGAAACUGAGAUUUGCUGCCGACUUUGGUCUCUUCCGCAACAAGGAGAAGGGCAUCUGGGUCUGCCAGGAACACCUGCAAUGACAAAUGAUUUCCGUUUGUAGAGCAUCACAAGUUUGUGAUUUGUGGGCAAGUAUGAAGCUUUGGAAGUUCUGAGUGUACCUAUUGUGAUUUUAUCUGAGUUCGUUCGCGGCAGAAAGAAGUGAGCAAUACAUCGGGCAUGCAAGAGUCUGUCCAGACAAGUCCACUCCUACAUUAUCGAGCCAAGGGAGUAGUGCCAAAGAGAAUCACGGAGAUGGAAGAAGCUCUGUCCAAACGCGAUUUCUCUUCCUUCGCCAAGUUGACUUGCGCGGACAGCAACCAGUUCCAUGCAACUUGCCUAGACACCUCUCCACCAAUUUGCUACAUGAACGAUACCUCCAGAAGGAUCAUUGGACUCGUGGAGCACUGGAAGGAAGUCCUCAGGCAGCGUACACUUUUGAUGCUGGACCAAAUGCAGUGAUCUUUUCUCCCCAGAUAUCUGGAGGAGAUCGUUUUCUCUACGAGUUCCCCGGAAGGCCUGGAUUUCUCAAAUUUCUCUUUUUAUACGAUCAGUAGUUCUAAGGCGUGGUGUGUAGCUAUGUUGUUGGCACAGAUUAGGCAUUGAAGAUAUUUAUUC